AUGUCGGACUGCAUCUCUCUGUCCGGGUCGACAACCUGUCCUGCCUGGGAAAGUGCCUCGAUAUGGACCGAUUCCAGUCUCUACGGGGACUUCCCAUUCCUUGAAAAUGUAUCGACUCUCGCGCAAUUUGACCAAGCGCUGAGCAGCUACGUCGAGGGCAGCUAUGUUACUUUAAAGUAUGUCGACCUUUUGGGAUGUGAAGGCCUUAAUUCCAGCGCCCUGAACGACUACUAUGCCCGAUACACCACCAGCGUGGUGUGCAGUGGCCUCGUCCAAAGCUCCAAGGAUGCCUGCCACCUGAGUCCCGAUCAAUCACCACCCCUUUGCGCAGACACAUGCGCGCUCCAAGCCAUGGGCGAACAAGAGAUUAUCGUCAAUUCGAAACUCUGCACCGGCACCGACAAGGACUAUAUGGCCGAGAUCAAAUCUGAUCUGGCAGUGUGCACGGAACCUCUGAAAUCGCUGACCGGCUCUUGCGUUGAGGGAUACACCAAUCAGCAAAAGAAUUGUGGCUAUGCCUCCAACAUAAUCGGCCUCUGCACCUAUUGUAAAUCGACCAACUCGAGUGACUCCUGCUGCGCGGACGCCAAAGCUGGAACUCGCUGCCAAGGCGUCACCAUCCCAAGUUCAACAGCAACUCUGCAACCGCUCAAUCCCUCAUCAAGCGCCACCUCGACCGCAGCAGCCGCGACAGCUGGUGGUAGUGGUCUCUCCGGUGGAGCUAUUGCCGGCGUUGUCAUCGGAUCUGUUGCAGCCGCGGCAAUCCUGUGCAUUCUCAUCUUCUUUCUCUGGCUUUGCUACCGUCGUCGCCGCCGCUCGCAAAACGACAGUGGACUGAACCAACCUAAUCCCCAACGAAGAGGGUCACCGCCUAUGCACAUGCAGCAACCAGAGAGUCCCAAAGGAUACAAUAUGGUUCCAGGCGGACGAGUGACACGGAUGUCUGCCCUGCGCGAGAUCCCAAGCUCCUCACCGGCCUACUCGCGCACGUCGGGCGCCAUGUUUGGCGCUGCCAAGUACAGUGACUCGUCAGACUCGGAAGCCUUUGGUGCCAGCCCGGGAGCUAUGUCCAAGAGGAUCCCCCCUGACAGCUCGCCUCGGUCUGGAACCGCCACCGCUACCACUGGAAACCAAUACUCGUCCCCCGAAGCCGUGACCAGCGGCCAAUCUGAGCAACUAUCAUAUUUCCGGGACUAUUACUCGCAAGACGACAUUCACCCGGGCGAUCAAGUUGCUGUUCUCUGGGCGUAUGCCCCACGAGCCGGCGACGAGUUCGAACUCGACCGCGGAGAAAUGCUGAAGGUGAUUGGCAUCUGGGACGAUGGCUGGGCCACGGGUGUUCGUCUCACUGAGCGGGCUGAGGAUUACGAUGUUCAUCAUCGCGAACAACGCGAUAGUGGAGUGAGCAACGGUUCGCAACAGCGAACGGGUCCAUCACCUGCCCCAUCGGGCGAGAUCAAGGCCUUCCCCUUGGUCUGCAUCUGCCUGCCCCAACACUGGCACAAGAUCAUCGAUGGAACACCGCAGGAGGAUGAAGCGUGA